AUGAUCUUUAAGGGUCUCUUCCCAAGGAGCUUAAAUCUCGCUAGAAAUUACUUGAGUGGUUCUAUACCUUCAGAAUGGAGAGUCUUACCGCUUGUCAACAUCACCGUUCUUGGAAACCGCUUAACUGGUCCAAUUCGUAAUGAGAUUGGAAACAUUAUCACUCUCAAAAGACUUUGUCUUGGAAAAUAACAUGCUUUAUAAACUCUUAUCCCAGAGCUUGGGCGACACUCAAACCUUAGACGACUCUUUCUGAGGUCAAACAAAUUCAGGGGAAAGAUUCCAUCUACAUUCUCAAAAUUGACCAGCAUGAGAGUUUUUCAACAGCCGUAUAAGUGACAAUCAGUUUAGAGGAAACCUUCCAAAUUUCAUUUAGAACUGGAUAGAGCUUGAGAGUCUGUAAGUUCUUUUUUAACAGAUUACACUCUUUGUUGUUUUAAUUAACUUUUAAAAUGCUGAAAUGCUAAUGAUGAUGUAUGUGUGCCUCAGGGUUCUUUAUGAAAGUGGGUUAUCUGGGUAUAUACAUGUGUCAAUAACUCAUCUCAUAAAGUUGAAAGAUUUGUAAGUAGUCUAUAUGUGUAGUGUUUAUCAUAUUUAUCGAGAAUAAGGUUUUGAAUGACUCAGCCCAAUAUAAUUUUCAGAAUGACUCAGCCCAAUAUAAUUUUCAGAAUGAACGCUAAAAACACUCUGCCCUCUCCUAUUACUCUCACUUCCUUAUUUAUACAAAGUUGUAUGAAGUUGCAUGAGGUUGCAUAAGUUGUUGUAGACGUGUCCUAUUUUUGAGAUUGCGAUAGAUGAGUAAUCCUUUGUUGAUUGAAGUCUUUGUCUUGUUAUAGUCUUGAAGUCUUCAUUUCUUGGUCUUGAAGUCUUGUAUUGAUAGUUGAGCUGUUGCAUAAUUGGGUUUUUGUCUUUAUCUUGUCUUGAAAAUUGGAGUCUUGAUGGAGUCGGUGGAAGAGGUUGCUUCUUUCUUCUACAAAAUUAUAUACUAAAUAUAUAUGUAGUUAUAUUACAAGCAUGAUUUAAAACUAUUUAAAAGAGUUG